AUGGCUCAGUUCAAACAGGAUCUGAACAUUAUCGGUCUCUCCACGUUCACUACCGGACACAAUGAAGUCCCACGCCCCCAUGGCGUCCCGGCUGCUGGGCGUCUGAAGCGCUCGCUGUUUAAGGACGGCCAGGGGGCGGGGCCAGAGCAGGAAGCGGCCCAGGGACAGGAAGAGGAGGAGCUUCCCGAGCAGCGCUGGGAGGCGGAGCUGGAGGAGGACGAGGAGGAGUGGGUGGCCCAGCGCCUCGGGGGGACGCUGAGCUUCACCAGCGUCGCCGUGGGAGACGCAGACAGCCGGGGGGAGGACAGCGAGGAGGACUUCCUGGGGGACUCCACGGAGGACGGACUCAGCAGCACAGACAUCAGUCCACGGGACGUGUCUCCAGGGGGUCUGUCUCCAGCAUCCUCAUCUCUGCUGGCUGUGUCUCCAGCAGGUCUGUCUCCUGCAGGUCUGUCUCCUGCGGGUCUGUCUCCUGCAGGUCUGUCUCCUGCAGGUCUGUCUCCUGCGGGUCUGUCUCCUGCGGGUCCGUCUCCUGCAGGUCUGUCUCCUGCAGGUCUGUCUCCUGCAGGUCUCUCUCCUGCGGGUCUGUCUCCAGCAGGUCUGUCUCCUGCAGGUCUGUCUCCAGCGGACGUGUCUCCGGCGUCUUUCCUGCUGACUCGGCAGCUCCAGGACAGCUGGAGGACACUGCGCAGGCUGACGGGAGGAAGCAACACCUCUGCUGACAGACAGCUGACAGACAACCUGCUGUUUGAAGUGACCGACGCCAGCGUGGUGACAGACAGCUCCUCCAAAUACGUGCUGUACACCAUCCAUGUGAUCCAGUCUGGAGGCAGUGAUAAGACUCCAGCCAUCAUCACUCGCCGAUACUCCGACUUCCAGCGGCUGCACGCAACGCUGCGCCGUAACCACGGAGACCAGAUGGAGCGAGUCUGUUUCCCACGGAAGAAGCUGCACAGGAACUUCACGGCGGAGACUAUCGCCAGGCGGAGCCGAGCCUUCGAGCAGUACCUGUCCCACCUGUGUUCCCUGCCCGGCCUGAGGGGGGCGCUGUGCGUUCGACACUUCUUCUACCUGACGGACCUGCAGACCGCCCAGCUGCUCAUCAGGGGGGGACAUUUCCCGGAGGCUCUGGGUCCGCUGCUCAACGCCAAGAGACUGCAACACAAACUGGGCUGGACGGGUUACCAGGACGACAGGCAGGCCCUGGCCCCGCCCCCGGCCUCCUCCCAUUGGCUCUUCACCCUGGUGGGUCUGUGGCGCUGUUUCCAGGAGGCGGAGCAGCUGGAGGAGGCGUGGCAUCACUGCGACGCCGCGCUGCGCGUCAUCACGCCGACGGAGGAUAAGCCCCGCCCACUUACUGACAGGCCACACCCCCUGCUGCUGCCGCUGCUGCGAGCCGUGGUGCGGCUGUCCUGGCAGACAGGACGAGACAAACGGCGAUGGGAGGAGCUACUGCAGCAGCUGGGGGGGCAGGGGGCGGGGCUAGACAAUCAGCCAAUCAUCACAGAGUUUCUGCUCAAUCACAACCUGCAGGAGAGCGAAUGGGAGGGCUAGAAACACACAGACACACACACACACACACACACACACACACACACA